GUCCAAGCCCUAGGCAGUGCCACCCUUACUCAGCCCAGCCCUGAAGACAGAAUGAGAGGGGCUUCCUAUCUCCAGAUCCUGCUCCUUCUGGUGCUGGGAGCUGCUGGGACUCAGGGAAGGAAGUCUGCAACCUGCGGGCAGCCCCGCGUGUCCAGUCGGAUCGUAGGGGGCCGGGAUGCACGGGACGGAGAGUGGCCAUGGCAGGCGAGCAUCCAGCAUCGUGGGGCACACGUGUGCGGGAGGUCGCUCAUCGCCCCCCAGUGGGUGCUGACAGCAGCGCACUGCUUCCCCAGGAGAGCACUACCAGUUGAGUACUGCGUGCGCCUGGGGGCGCUGCACCUGGGCCCCACCUCGCCCUGCACGCUCUCGGUGCCCUUGCGACGGGUGCUGCUACUCCCGGACUACUCCGAGGACGGGCCCAAGGAGUUCGCCCUGGCCACCCCUAAGCCCAACAGCAGCCCCCAGGGCUCCUCACAGGUCAUAAGCCCCUCUGAGUCGCGACAGUCCUCGCAUCCAGGUCGGGGCAGGGAGCGGGGGCGACUGUCCCCAACACGGCGGCCAGAAAGCCCAAAAUGCGGAGCUUGCCCAAGAUGGCGGUCACGACUAUCCCGCGACAACGCGGCCCCGGGCUCGCUGUGCCCGAGCCUGGAGCCUGCCGAACCGCACUAA